AUGGUAGAUGUCGGAGGUGACUUUAGUAGAAAGGAAGACUUUGAUGAUCGUGAAAGCAUGCUAACAUGGAUUUGUAGGAAUGCAACUAUCCUUGGUUUUGGUGUGGUAAUAGGAAGAUCGGAUAAUGUGCUCAUCCUUGAUUCUACCUACAUGAUCAACAAGUAUCGACUCCCGUUAUUUGAGAUGGUCGAUGUUACAUCCACCGAGAAGACAUUUUCCGUUGCUUUUGCUUUUUUGGAAUGUGAAAAAGAAGAUAAUUUUAGGUGGGCAUUGGAGGUUAAACUCGCUGUGGGGGCGAAACAAGUAGAGACCGAAAGUGGGAAACCGGUGAAGCCCGGAGUGAUUGUUGACCAAAUAAUGGAUGCAUGGGCUCGUAUUGAAAGUUCGUCGACAAAAGAAUUGUAUGCCGAUACUGUAUUGCAAUUUCAGAAAAUAUGUGAAAAAUAUCCCGAUUUAUUGAAAUACGUUGAAAGCACAAUUCUUGACAAGGUGAAGGAGAACAAGGGUGAUUUUUGUCGAGGUUGGGACUCCAUCAAUCUCAUGAUUUUGAACCAACAUAACGAGAUACAAACCUCAUUCGGUCGGAGCAUUACGGUGUUGGAGCAUCGAUUUAAGGAAAACAUCCUUUACUCUCAAUUGAUCCACAAUAUGUCUCGGGCAGAAUUGAAUUAUAUCUUUCACGAGGCCAAACACGGUGAAAAUUUUUGUGGCGAUAGCGCAAAUUGUGGUUGCACUAGCACAUAUGGUCUCCCGUGUGCUUGUGUUAUUGCUAAAAAGGUGAGAUUAGGUGAGCCAAUAAGAAUGGAUGAACUCACUCCUCAUUGGAAGAGACUUAGUUUUGAUGAUGAUGGUUGCAUCGAAGAAGAAUUAAAUAUCUCUAUUACUUCCGAAUUGGAGGCGAUACUAGAGAGGUUUUCGAAGGCAGAUGACAACAUGAAACUAUACAUCAAAGAACAAUUGCGGAAGAUUAGAUUUCCAAAAACAACCGACAUGAAACCGCCCUCUCAACCGGUUAAACAAAGGGUGCUCCGAAGAAAUUCAAACAAAGGAGCUCGCAUUAGCAAACCACCUCCUACACCUAUUGCUCCGAAAGUUUCGACUCCAACACCUAUUGCCACAAAAAUUCCAUCAAUCGAAGAUGUACAUAUUGCUCUAAAAAUUCCACCAAUCGAAGAGGUGCAUAUUGCUCCAAAAUUCCCAUUCAUCGACGAGAUGCCGGCUUUUAUUUACAAAUACAUCGAUCGGGUCGUCAAUGUGGUGGGGGACAAUAAUUGCGGAUUUCGGACCGUAUCGACUUUGCUUGGUAAGGGAGAGGAUGAACAUAAGCUUGUCCUCCAUGAACGUAUCAAAAAGUUGAUGAACCAUAAAGACUUGUACACGCGGGUAUUUGGAGACGAAGCUAUAUUUGAAUCGGUUCACGAAGCUCUUGUUCCUUGGUUGGGUGCUUACGCACCGACUUCAAAAUGGAUGAGAUUCCCAUAA